CGUAAACGUUACAAAUGAGACUUUCUUUGGUAAAUCAUUUUAGCUAUCAAAUUCUUUGGUUUUAAUUUUGAACCUUUUAACUUCGCUUGGAAGAUGAAAGUCGCUUUUAGAUGUUUGAUAAUAAUACCUUAAAGGAUAAAUUAGUACAUCUGAAUUACGAUAAAUAGUACCCCAAAAAAAAAAAGAAAAAAGAAUCAUGAUAAAUAGUAAUGGUGACGCGCUAUGUAAAACAGAGAAUAAAAAAAUUAACAGUUCUGUCUAAAAAAAAAUUCACAUUAAGUUUUGAAAUUUACAAUGGAAUCAGAACAAAGGAAGUAGACUUAUUUUUAAUACAAAUUUGAAAAACACAAUGUACACUUUUUUUUUUUUGAGAUAGAGAGAGUAUUAUUGAGGGCAAACAUUUGUUUUUGGCCUAUAAAUUGGAGAGAAGUUUGACAUAUUUCUCAUCGUCUCUCUCAUUAAUACAACACUGAGGCUUGGACAUUAACACACAGUCACACACUUAAAAAGAAAAAAAGGGAUAAAGAAAAGAGAGACCAAAUGGCGCCAACAACGAACAUUAAGGAAGCACAUCCAAUGAAAGGAGGAGACGACCCUAAUAGCUAUGUUCAGAACUCUUCCUAUCAGAAAGGGGUGAUUGAUGCAGCCAAGGAAAUCAUCAUUGAAGCAGUGACUCAACAUUUGGAUCUUGAGAAUAAUCUCACAACUUUCGAUCCAUCCAAGCCAUUCUCCAUUGGCGAUUUCGGCUGCUCAACGGGACCAAACACAUAUUUCGCUAUGCAAAACAUAGUCGAAGUUGUGGCGGAAAAAUACAAAUCCAUAAAGCAACCAAAACCAGAAUUCCAUGUCUUCUUCAAUGAUCAUGUCAACAAUGAUUUCAACAUUUUAUUCAGAGGCAUACCACCAAACAGCGACUAUUUCGCCGCCGGGGUUCCGGGGUCGUUCUACUCUAGGGUUUUGCCCAAAGGGAGCUUGCAUUUAGCUCAUUGCUCCUAUGCACUUCACUGGCUUUCUCAGGUUCCUAAGGAGAUUCAGGAUAAAAAUUCUCCUGCGUAUAAUAAAGGGAAGAUCCAUUACACUGGGACUGAGAAAUAUGUUGUGAAGGCUUAUUUUGACCAGUUUCAGAGAGAUAUGGAUGUGUUUCUUACAUCUAGGGCUUUAGAACUUGUGGGAGGAGGGUUGUUGAUUAUUCAAAUGCCAGGGCUUCCAAGUGGGGAGACUAUGUUCACAAUGACUGGUGCUGGAUUGCUUCAUGCUAUUUUGGGAUCUUCCUUGAUGGAAUUAGCAAAAUCGGUAAGUUUUUUUUAUAUAAUAAGUUUUUCUUCUUCCAGGUCCUUUUUUUUUUUUGUCAUGCUAUUUUUUAUUUAUCACAUUGUUGAAUGUAGUUAUGUAGCAUUCAGAGGUAAUUUUGUUACCUUCUUACUAAUACAUAUUAUCUUUACACAAUAGACUUAUCGAUUUUCAUUUGUGGGAGUAUUUUUGUUGUCAAAACAAAUAUUAGUCCUGUUUAUUAAUUUUAGUCUUUAGCUAUAUGCUGAACCUGUUGCCUUGAAAGAUGAAAGUCAUAUACAUGAUUGGUCAUACAAUGCCUAGAGCGUUUCGAUCGACAGUUGAAUGUAUGCAUAUACGCAUAGAUCAACUUCAAUUGUUAUUGCAUGUGAUUCAAAAAAUUUAUCACAUUUUGAUUUUUUUUUACUUUUAGUGUGUAUAUAUAUUUAUAUAUAUAUAUAUAUAUAUAGUCGGAUAUAUGAUAUGAAAUUUGAAAAUUCAAAUUGUAUAUUCAUUUCAGGACCAAAAAAAAAACCCUAUCUUCAAUAAUUUUCUCAAAUCAUACAAUAUAUAUGGCCGGUUAUAUAUGUACACCUUUUGACGUUGCAUUUCAUGAAGCAAAAGCCAAGGAAAUUAUUUCCUUGAAAUUGGAUACGUUAUAGGGAAGAUUGCAUUACGCUAUUUUGUGAAAAUUGAACACUUCAUUUCAUUCAAUAAACCGAAAAGUAAAGGAAAUUAAAAAUUUAGGAUGGUUUGCGCUAUACAAAAGAUGGUGUGUAGAACUCUUCUUUUUUAGGAUGGAGUGGUUACAUUGUUCUUCAACUUCAUUCUUUUAAAGUAGGUUUUCCUUUUCUUUUUUUUUAACAUAUUAUUAAUAAUUCAACCAAUGAUUAUAUGAUUUGUGGGCUAGAAUUAAAGAGUGGAGACGGGUCCCAAAUAAUUUCUCAAAAAACAUACUCAUCACCACCAAGAAACAAAAAUUUUUUUGCUCAAUUAUUUAUGAGCUGACGUCAUAUAGUUUGGAAGAUUGAUGUUUUGUGUAACUGUAGGGAAUAAUAAGUGAAGAGAGUGUGGAUUCAUUCAACUUGCCACAAUACCAUCCAUCCAUGGAGGAGUUGGGAAAGGUGAUAGAAAGGAACAACAAUUUCACGGUUGAGAAAGUCGGGAUCUUGAAUCACCCAAUGAAGGAUUUACCAUUUGAUGUCCAGAGGACUUCUCUUCAAGUGCGCGCCGUGAUGGACAUGAUCUUGACCGAGCAUUUUGGUGAACACAUCUUGGAUCAACUCUUUGUGAUCUACACCAGGAAAUUGCAGGAGAAUUACGAUGUUUUCGACAAGCAAAUCCGCAAGGACGCCGACUUCUUCCUCGUCCUCAAACGGAAGUUCCAUUGAGUAAGAGGAUGUUCGUGUAUGAUUCAACAAAGCGGAUUAUUUAUUUAACGUUAUUGAUCUUUUUUCUACUAUUGAAGGGAGGAAAAAAAAACUUGUGAAAUAAUUGGACCUUUUAGCUAGGGUUUUACUGAAGCUCAUGAAGGGUCCCCAUUUAAUUUACAACUUUUUUUUAACAUUUUGUGUUCCUAUUAUAUUUGAAUGUUGUGAUCAGUAAUAAUAUAUAAGUUGUUUUUAUGUUUCAUUCAGGCAUUUCUCUUUUACCGUUUUUCUACGUUACAAAUUGCCCCGACGGGAUACUGUCAUUAAGUUUUAUGAGAUCUAUAUGGUAAAAAGAAAUCAAUCAUUUUGUACUUUUUUCAAGGGAG